AUACUCCGCCUUCCCUCACCGCGUCACAAGUUGUGUGCGUGAUGUCUGUGUGAGAAGACAUGUUAAAGUCGAACGUCUCCCCACCGUACACAAGCGUGGACUCUCACCGGCAUCAACUAGUGCCAAGCCCCAGUCACUCUAGCGGAGUGGCGAGCCCGUCACCCAUGGAAAAUUGGGGAAUGCAAGACUUGGGCGUCUGGUUCGAGGAUGGUCCGAAGAUCAAACAAGAACCCCAAUCUGCCCCUUCUUCGCCACAGUCAUCCUGCAUGCUUUCCAAUAGCAUGUUGGACUAUCCCGCUGUCCUGGAAGAACUGGUGAACAUAACCAAGAACUGCAGCCCACCCCAACAGAACCAGUCUUUCUCGCGCGGUGGAUGUAACGUGAACCCGCAGUCCCCUCCGGGAGCUCCACCUGCACCACCGAUGCAACAGGCAUCUCCCAGAUCCUCGGCGUUGUCUGGGAUACAGAAUGCCCAGCAGCCGUCGAGCCCGACGAUGUACGACGAUGUGCGGUGUCAAGGAACUAAGACCGCGAUCCCCGCCGUCGAUAAAGUUCGGCCCCAGGGACCUCCGCCGGCUUACCAGAGAGUGACUGUGAAAACGGAAGACUGUGCUCCUAGUAUGGCUGUGGAUUGUUGUGCGUCGUUGUCGGCGGAUAAGUUGGAUCAGCUUAGACUGUUGGCUAUGCAGCAAGCGGCCAAGGACAUUGAAGUUGCAUGCCAGAUUCUCAACAUCUCACCGAACCCCUACCAAUGGACAACUUCCAACGUCCAGUCCUGGUUGGUGUGGACGCAACAGCAGUUUGGCUAUCCCGCCAUCCGGCCGGACUACUUCAACAUGGACGGUGCAGGUCUUUGCACGCUGUCGGAAGACGACUUUCGCAUGAGGUCACCCAUGUCCGGUGAUGUUCUUUACGCGCAACUGGAAAUCUGGAAGUCAGCAGCCCACAUGACGCCAUCAGGGAGCUCUCCUCAGAGAAGUCCGCAACAGUUCUGCCCCGAAGACAGUGUCUUCGACUUGGCUGGUCUCCUGGGUCAGACCAUCUCCGGAGGAAUGCAGGAGGCACCUGCUCAUACCCUGCCACUUAAUCUAAGCGACGGUCACAGUGAAGGGAUUCACAGUGAUGACGAAGGCAGUGAUGCGAGCAGCGACAUCGCCGAGCGCUGCGCCGCGGCAGUGACCCGUAGCCCAAGCACUGCCUCCCACUCUCACAUCCACCUGUGGCAGUUCCUCAAGGAGCUCCUUUCUCAACCUCAGCUGUACGGCAGCUGCAUCCGUUGGUUGGACCGAUCGCGCGGUGUCUUCAAGAUCGAGGACUCUGUGCGUGUGGCCCGCCUGUGGGGCAAACGCAAGAACAGACCUGCCAUGAACUAUGACAAGCUCAGUCGUUCCAUUCGCCAGUACUACAAGAAGGGCAUCAUGAAGAAGACUGAGCGGUCACAGAGGCUGGUGUACCAGUUCUGCACGCCGUACAACUGUUGAGCCUGGUUCCCUGUAAGGGCGGUCGGAUCUGUCCUGGUACCCCAGCUGGUCUGGAGCUGGGACAUGCGUCCGGCUGCCUGGGUUCCCCCAAGUUUUUUCGAUGCAGUUCGAUCCUAAGUUCUUUCUCGGAAGAGAGUAACGCCAGUGGCGUAAUCUGAUUUGUACAUAUACUGUUGUUCUUGCCAGUGUGGUUGGUCCCUGGCUGGUCCAGUGGACAACCGCUUUAGGGCGUUUUUGGUGUCGUCUGCUGGUUGAAGUUUGGAAAGUUUUUUGUUUCGAUUUUUGGAGUGAACUGUGGUUUGCUAUGCUGUAUUGUGCAAAAAGAUUAUGAGGAAGUGGGACAUACAAAGCUAGGGGGAAGAAAUUAGAAAUGUUGAUUGGCCGGAUCAGCGCUAGUGUGUGGUGCUUCCCUUGAAGCCUCAACUCAUUUCUGCAGCUGUAGUUCGCCGUUGUCACAAGAAGAGUGCGCACAACACAGUUCAUCUCCUUGCCCUUCCCGUAUGUUAUUAUUUAUUGUCCGCCCAAUUUUCACUUCACAAUUUUUAGUUACUCAUCACAUCAUAACACUUCGCUCUUAAGUUCUUCGUUUCACUUCGUCGGCCCUCUUGCAACAUCGUUAUUCCGCAGCAGACGACAUCAAUGACGUCAUCGUACUCAUUCGUUGUGUUUCUUUCCGUUCAUUUUCUUGCCGAAGCGAAUAAAUGACAGCGAAGCCCCCAAGUGGAAGUGGAAGUUCCGAGAGUUACUCGUUUCAAACUCUCCACAGGUGGGGGGGCUUGCAACGUCACCGGAAGUUAAGCGAGACCGGCGCAGUUUGAACCCUAUGUGGGGUUGGCGGUCUCUCUCGAACAUUCCAAACGCUGGAGCGGAGAUGAUUCCCGUAUAUCGAUGAUAUACAGGGCAGUAUGUUCUGAGAACAAUAUUUUAAUCUUAAACAUGUACGUGUCUCUACACCUACGAUAUUAUUACUUAAGUGCUCGUUGAUAUUGUUGCACCAUUAAUCUCGAUGUGACCAGUUGGAGUGUGGUGCCAAUCUGUGCCCUCUAGAUCUCCUGCUGCUGUUGCCUGAGAAAACGAUUUAACUGACCGUGGGGACAAGGGAAACAUUCCACUAUUCUGGUAUCAGGCCAAAAUGGGGAUCAAGCGAAGGCAACAGUGGCACUUUUUGAGGGCACAGGUUCGCCUCGCUUAUACGGUACUUGUUAAAGUUGGGGAUUAUGUGCCUUUGUCGAAGGAUUUCGCUUGGAUAAGCUUUUGAAGUGCUAUAUCUACGUGUCCUCUUGUGUUUGGCUUGCCGACUUAAUUGUACAAAGCUACUAUAAGUGUGACAAUUUUGAAAUUGAGCUAUCUUUCCGAAAUUGUACCUCCGAUAAGUCUCGCCUUCAGUGUGCCUUCUAUGUGAGAGGCUGGUCUCGUCUUCUCUCGUCCCGAGGCGUCUCCCCUGAGUUUGACUCGAUGCGUCAACGCAGUUGGGAGACCUGAUUCUUGCUGUAAUCUUUCCGCUCGUAUAGCAAUAUACGACGCGUGUAACCGUCAGGUGUCACUGGGUCUCAUCGUGCUGCGCCCUGGCUUGUGUAUCUAAAAAGGACAUGGUAACUGUUUUCUUUGGCAAAUAAAAAGUACAAGUGGAGAAACA